ACUAGAUAUCUAUGGCUCAUAUCUAUGGCUCAUGUCAUUACAUGUCUAAUAUAUAUUAUUUUUUGUUUUAAUUUAUAUUAUUAAAAUAAUUUAUAUUUUUAAUUUUAUGAUUUAUAAUAUCUUUUUUUGUUUUAAUUUAAAUGAUAUUGAUAAAAUUUUGAGAGUCAAUCAUAUAUUUUAUAUUUUUAAAAUUUCUUAAAUUGUUAAUUAUGUGAUUUACAAUGUCUUUACGUUAUUUUUCAACAAUAUAUAAAUACUUUUUUUGUCUCAAUUUAUGUGGCACAGAUAAAAUUUAGACAGUCAAUCAAAAUUCUUUCACAUAUAUAUUUUUAUAUUAAGUUCUUAAUUAUUGUACUUUAUAAUAUUUUUCAUUUUAUUUUUAAAUAAUAUAUGUUAUUUUAUGUCUUAUUCUAUUUCAUCCCAAUUUAUGUGUACUAAUAUAGUUUCGAUAGCCGAUCAAAUUUUUUAUGUUGACAUAUCAUCUUAUAUCUCUUUUACCCAUUUUUAUGAAAUAUUAUCAAUUUUUCAAUGUUUCGAUGAUCAUAAUAAUUAAUUAGGGGUGAUAUAGUAAAAUCACGAUGAAAGGAAUAAAGCACAUGUCUUAAGUGACUUGUAAUAAUUAAUUAGAAAUAACAUAACAAAAUUACUAUAAAAAAUACUUGUAUAAUAAUUAAUUAAUGGUGAUACAGUAAAAUUACUAUUAAAGCAGUUGAAACAGUCAUAAAUGUCUAUUUUACUUUUUUUAAUUAAAUAUUAUCAAUUUUUAAUACAUAAAUGACUUAUAAUAUUUAAUUAGCAAUAUAAUAAUUAAUUAGGAAUGAUAUCAUAAAAUUACGAUUGAAGCAGCUGAAACAGACAUGUCAUAAAUGUCUAUUUUAUUUUUUAUUAAAUAUUAUUAAUUCUUUAGUACAUAAAUGAUUUAUAAUAAUUAACUAGGGAUGAUAUAGUAAAAUUACAUUUGAAACAGUUGAAACAGGCAUGUCGAUCUUGUGUCUACUUAGCAUGUGAUACAGUAAAAUUACGAUUGAAGCAGCUAAAACAGUCAUAAAUUUCUAUUAUAUUUUUUAAUUAAAUAUUAUUAAUUUUAUAAUACAUAAAUGACUUAUAAUAUUUAAUUAGGAAUAAUAUAGUAAAUUACGGUUAAAACAGUUGAAACAGACAUGUCAUAAAUGUCUAUUUUAAUUUUUUAUUAAAUAUUAUUAAUUUAUUAAUACAUAAAUGAUUUAAAAUAAUUAAUUAAGGGUGUUCGGUAAAAUUACAGUUGAAGUAGCUGAAGCAGACAUACCGACCUCCUGUCUGCUUCAGCUGCUAAACUGCCUCAUAUUAUACUCCCUUUGUUUAAAAAAAAAGGACUUAAUUUGACUUGAUACAAAAUUUAAAAAAAUAAAAAAAAUUUUAAAUCUUAUAGUGUUAAAUUAAAAAUAUAUUAAAUGUAUUAAAAUAUCCUUCAAACUUAUGAUCUUAAAUAUGUGUGAAAAAUUAAAAUUUAAAAAUUAUUUUAAAAAAAAGAAAUAUUCUUUUUAAAACGUAAUAAAAAAAAAGGAAAAUAAAAAUAGCACAUGUCCUUCGAGAAGCCUCCACAGUCGCCUAGAAAUCGGCAUUUCCUCAAACGCCUCAGUGAUUCUCGACUAAUUGAAUCCCUCAUUACCCCAUGCUUACGACACGUGGCACCUUCACAGCCUUUAGAUUUUAGUUAAAUAUUCCCCAAUCGCCCUUAGUUAGCACCGACUCUCUCAUUUGCAUCACCAAUAGCUAAGCAGAUCAAAUUUCCAUACUAAGCGGUUCGACAACAAGAAAAUAUGGCUAUCAAUAAGGUUGAGAUGGAGAAAAGUGUGGGUAAUUUGAAACAUCUAGGGUUUGUAAGGGUGUUGGCUAUAAAUACGGCGGUUUUGGUGUCAAAUCUGUAUGAGUAUGCGAAGCAGACCUCGGGGCCUCUGAGAUCAACUGUCGGCACAGUAGAAAAUGCGGUAACCACCGUGGUAAGGCCUGUUUACGAGAGGCUUAAAGGUGUUCCUGAUGAAGUCCUUGUUUUCCUAGACAAAAAGGUGGAUGAUGGAACUGCAAAGUUUGAUGAACUUGCUCCUCCCUUGGCUAAGAAGGUUGUCAGCAAAGCCCAGUCCCUGUUUCAGAAGGCAACAGAGGUAGCACAGGACUUGUUCAAGGAUUUACAAGUUGCUGGUCCUAGUGCAGCUAUCUAUCAUGCUGGUGAAUUGUCCAAGCAAUUAGCCACUAGACAAGUGGCAGUGUUCUGGUAUUAUGUCAAUCACUGUCCACCGCUGCAUGGAAUCGCACAGAUGGCUGCUACUACAUCUGCUCACUGGUCCGAGAAAUAUAAUCAAUUAGUUGCUGACUUGAAAAAGAAGGGUUAUAGUAUCGUCAGCUAUAUCCCUUUGAUACCUGUUGAAGAAAUCUCGAAGGCAUACAAACAGGUUGAGUCUGCUGCAACAAAGAAAGAAGGUGCUACUAAUUCAAGCUCGAGUAAAUCUGAAUGAGAUUAGGAUGAUAAUCUCAGUAAAUUCUUUUAAACCCAAUGUUUCUUAUAUAUUUGGAAGAAUUGCGCAGUUUAGAUGAAACUGGAAGUUUGGGGGUACCCGUUGUACAAAGUUAGAGAAUACCCUUCUGUAGCAUCUCAUGUGUGAACGAUUAUGUGCUUUAUGUUUUUGUUUCGUUGAUGCUGUAAUGGUACGUGUCUAUGCAAUAUCCCUCCAUGCAUAAUGGACGAAA